GGCUCAGUUCAAUUCUGCUGUUUACUGAGGCUGCACGGACACACACUGUCCAUGGGGAGUACGGUCCGACCCAUCCUGAUGUCUUUGCCGUAGCAACAUGACCCUCAACACCCAAAGAGAGAAGCAGCCCCUGCGACGGCGAGGCAGCAUGCCCAUUCCUCCCGGACAUUUCUCCCAACACCCAUCUUGCACUCGGGAACCCGGGCUACCCUGCAGCACCCCGCCCGACCCAGAGCAGCCCCGUCCCCAGCGCAGCCACCCUCCUCUUGGACAGUCGGCCUCCUAUCACCCCGGUGACAAAUCCCUCCACUAUCGUGCCCACUGGAGUUCAGACUCAGACAACGACUCGCAGAGCGACUCGGACUGCGUUUAUAGAGUUGUGUUGCUAGGCGACCACGGUGUUGGAAAGACCAGCCUGGCAGGAAUAUUCGCCGGGAUCACGGACAAAGAUGAUCAAACUGGAGAGGACACAUAUGAGCGAACACUGACAGUAGAUGGAGAGGAAACCACGCUCGUUGUCAUGGACACCUGGGAGAACGACAAACUGGAGGGGGAGGGCGGCUCCUCUCAGGACGACUGUCUGAAAGUGGGAAACGCGUACGUCAUCGUCUUCUCCGUCACAGACCGCUCCACCUUCGACUCCGCCGCUGAGCUCCGCAUCACAUUGCGACGCACCCGUCAGGCAGAAAACCUUCCCAUCAUCCUUGUGGGCAACAAGAGCGACCUGGUACGGUCCAGAGAAGUCGCUAUAGAAGAGGGCCGAGCAUGUGCGGUGGUAUUUGACUGUAAGUUUAUAGAGACGUCGGCAUCUCUGCAGCACAAUGUGGCCGAGCUGUUUGAAGGCGUGGUCCGACAGAUCCGUCUCCGGCAGGACGGCGGUGAGGCUGUUCAGCAGCGCCGCUCCAUCUACAAACGCAAGGAGAGCCUUACCCAGAAGGCCCGGCGAUUCCUGGACAGACUGGUGGCACGCAACAACCAGCGCAUGGCGGUCAAAGUGCGGUCCAAGAGCUGCCACGACCUGGCCGUCCUCUGAACACGUGUCCACCAAGAGUCUCUUAUUUUUGGACUUGUUGACGUUCUCGCCGGUCGUGAUAUCAUGGACGAUGGUGUCUGCUGUGACUGUCACGCUCAGCUUGCUGACAGCCAGAUAAAAACAAUCCGAACGGACGAAUGGAGUCAGCGGAUUUCAACAUUCUCACUGUGAUCAGUUAAACCAACUCAUUUCCCUGACCUUUGACCUUUGGUUGAAACAUUUCUGUGAUUUUCCUUCUGAGUAUAAAGAUGCUGAAGACAACUGUGCAGCAUCAUCACUGUUAAAGAUGGAGUGAGUGUUCAGAAUCUGUAUGGGUGUGUGUG